CGACACAGAUACCGCACUGCCGCCGCACAUGCUCUUGCCAGUGACUUUUUGUCCUCGCGCGCUGCCGACCUCGAGACACGCCUCUGGAAUGCGCACAAUCGUCUGAAUGUUCGCUUGCGCAAACAACUCAGCAAGCUACGUAAGGAACGCUCCAGCAAGCCAGUUGAAUACCGCAAAUUCAUCAAGCUAUAUCUUGAAUUCCUCAAGGACAGUCAGCGCUAUUACAGAGAUUACAUCCAGAAGUUGAAUGCUAGAUUCGGUGGCAUACAAGAUCUGGAGCGCAUAGCUCGCCAGGUUCGAUCAGAUCCUGUGCCGAAGCCUUCCAGGAAAUACGUGUCUCCGCAAGUUCAAGCCGCCGUCACUCUGUCCUGCCACCAAACCCUGAUCUAUCUUGGCGAUUUGUUCCGCUACCGUGCUGCCGAGAGACUCGACAAGGAGCCUGACUGGGGACCGGCUAUUGGUUACUAUGCCCUUGCUGCCUCAUUGCGACCCGAAUCUGGACUCGCUUUCCACCAACAGUCCGUCGUUGCUUUUGAACAGGGCGACUUUCUCCGCUCAACAUAUUAUCUCUACCGCUCCAUCAACGUCGACGAACCCCACCCCAACGCCAUUCCUAAUUUGGAACUGCAGUUUAAGAAAAUAACCACUGGAUGGCAGAAAGGCGAUCUGGUGCCCAAAAACUCUCCUCAGGACCCGGUUGCUUCGCGCAACGCUCUUAUAUCCUGGUUCAUUCGCUUCCACAGCCUUAGUUACAACGGCGAGCAAUUUGCUGGAUACGAUGAGCUCGAACGUGAAGUCUUGAGCCGCACUCUCAGUGAGAUGAAAGCGCGUACCCUAGACGGCAUCCUGUCUAAGAUGACGUUGAUCAAUUUUUGCGCCCAGGCUACUGCUGGCAAUCAGUUCGAGAGCAAGCCUGACCAACACAAAUUCAUGCACUCCUACUUUUUCUUUCUGCGUUUGAAUGUGAAAUUUUUCACAGCAAUCUUGGAUGUUUACUACACCGACCUCGAGAAGCACCUCCAGGAGCACACCAAAACUUCAAAUCUUGUCGAUAAGCUUACAGACUUGGCACGUCACAUCUUGCCUGCUUUGCGUCUCUACAGCACUUGGUUGUUGAGUAAUGCUCAUAUUGUUGCGGCACGCGUUGGCGACGAGUCAUUCCAAACAGCCAUGGACCACUUUUGGCACAUUUACGCCAAAACACUAUCUGUCAUGGCAUUCAGUUUCUCAUUCCGCGAGCUCGAUGAGAUCCCGUACCAGCUUGAGGAGGAUGUCGAUGCCUUUGGUCUCAAGCCCCUGAAUUCAGAUCGGUCGCGCAAAGUCUGGCUCGACGACGCAACUGGACAACCCAAGGCUAAAUUCUCGGAUGAAACCACCAAACGUCUUGAUACUAACCAAGAAAUGCUGGGGAGGGUCCGUGAACUUCUUUUCGACGCCUUACUACUCGCCGUGGACAAAGUUCGUAUCACAUUUGUGACAUCUGAUCCGUCUUAG